AUGGUUUGCAGGGUCGCCGGAGCUGGGCUGGUUAGGCACGUCGGCUUGGCGCUCUUCGCCUCGGGCCCGGCGGCGCGUGCAGCUGCUGAGUCGGCGUACUCGGUCCUGGGGAAUGGCGCCUUAGGGUCAACGCCGGUGCACACCGCCGUGUGGCUGCUGAGGUUUCAAACGGCCAGGCACGCGAGCACGCUGUCGUCUCCCCCCGCGCUCGGGGGGGAAGAGGAGGCGAAGAAGACGACGGCGGCGGCGGCGGAGAAGUCUGAUCAGAAGGCCGUGACGAGCUACUGGGGCGUUCCGCCUUCCAAGUUCACCAAGGAGGACGGCUCCACGUGGCGCUGGGCCUGCUUCAGGGUUCGUCCCCCCCCCACCCCCCUCCCACCCCUUGAUGCCUCCCCCGCGGAACAACCAUGAAUAUAUAUAGAUGGAUGGAUCCGUGCGGAAUAACACACUCCUCCAAUGGUAUGGUAUGGAGUGAUGAUUGAAUUUGGAUUUGUCUCUGGUUGGCAGCCAUGGGAGGCAUACGAGCCGGACCUGGCGAUCGAUCUGAAGAAGCACCACGCCCCCACCACCUUCCUCGACAGGAUGGCCUUCUGGACAGUCAAGUCCCUCCGCUGGCCCACCGACCUCUUCUUCCAGGUAAGAAAGCACUGGCCAAAACUCCUUCCGUCGUCAUUGUAGGCGGAUGAUCUGAUCUUCCUGAUCGCCCUCUCCGCCGCCGUCUGUCUGUUGGCGGCAGAGGAGGUACGGGUGCCGGGCGAUGAUGCUGGAGACGGUGGCGGCGGUGCCGGGGAUGGUGGGGGGGCUGCUGCUGCACCUCAAGUCGCUGCGGCGGUUCGAGCACAGCGGGGGCUGGAUCAAGGCGCUGCUGGAGGAGGCGGAGAACGAGAGGAUGCACCUGAUGACGUUCAUGGAGGUGUCGCAGCCGAGGUGGUAUGAGAGGGCGCUCGUGCUGGCCGUGCAGGGGGUUUUCUUCAACGCCUACUUCCUGGGUUACCUUCUCUCCCCGAAGUUCGCCCACCGGAUGGUCGGCUACCUCGAGGAGGAGGCCAUCCACUCCUACACCGAGUUCCUCAAGGAGAUCGACAAGGGCACCAUCCCCAACGUCCCCGCCCCCGCCAUCGCCCUCGACUACUGGCGCCUCCCCGCCGGCUCCACCCUCCGCGACGUCGUCCUCGUCGUCCGCGCUGACGAGGCCCACCACCGCGACGUCAACCAUUUCGCCUCGGUACUACUACUACCAUCAGCACUACAGCUACCUCAACCAGUCGUCCCCCUCCUUCCUGCUGUUGCUCUCUCUUCUGUGUUUGACGACUACCGCCGUGUUUUGCAGGAUAUCCACUACCAGGGGCACGAGCUGAAGGAAUCCCCGGCGCCGCUCGGGUACCACUAA